AAUCAAACAUCGACGACGACGACGACUACGACAACAAAUAAACCUGAUGAUUUAACAGCCGAUGAUGAAAAAUUAUGUUUAUUUGAUAAUAAUGAACAUUAUGUAUCAUCAUCAUCGAAUGGUUCAAUGAUUGCAUUGAAUUGUCGUAUGAAAAUAUUUAAGAAAAUUUCAUCAUCAUCAUCACCACAAUCAUUGAUUAAUAAUCAAGAAAUUUUAGCCAAUUUUCUUCAAAAUAAUCAUCAUCAUCAUCGUCAGGAUCAUCAUAGUCGUUUUACAUCAUCAAUCAGUAACAGUAAGUCACCAUUAACAUCAUCCGUAUCAUCAAAUUUUACCGAUUUAUCAAAUAAAGUUAUUUCACCACUUUCACUUAAUGUAAAAACAUCACCGAAUGGCGAAAUAACUGUUAUAAAUGGUAAAACUGUAACAUCGAUUCAUUAUGAUCAUGAUUUUCAACAUCAUCAUCAACAACAACAACUAUCAUUACCAUCAUCAUCAUCGCAUUCAUUACCAUUGAUUGCUGCAGCAUCAAAUUCAUCACCAUCUAAAGAACAAUCAUCAUCUUCAAUUGUAUUCUUUGAUAAUGAAGAAUCAAAAAAUCGAUUAACUAAAAUCGAUUCGAAUAAUAAUAAUAAUAAUAAAGAUUCGAAAUCUACAUUGAACACAACAAAUUCAAAUCAUUCUUCGGCUAAAACAAGCUCAACAUUACCAUUUGGUGCAAAAAUUCAACGUAAUAAUAAAAAGUUAACGCCAUCAAGUGAUAAUAAAACAAAUUUAUCGUCACAUUCGCCAACAUUUGUUGGAUCGGUAGUAAGAACUGUAUCAACGGAUUCAAAUUCCAAUCAUGAUGAUAAUGAUAAAUUAACAAAAAUUCCAACCAAAGUGGCAACAACAACAACAACAUCAACACCGAAACCCGAAACAUCGACAGGAAUAAUUCGUGAUAAAUAUCGUAUCGAUUUUCUACGACAACGUUAUAAUAAAGCUAAAUUAUUCAAUUCAACAUCAACGACGACAACAACAACAACAACAACAGAAUCUUCUAUUGAAAAUGAUCAUCAUUCAUCAUCACCGGCACCGGUUUAUACAACAACAAAACCAUUAUUUCGAUCAUCUUCCAAUCAUAAUAAUCAUGGAAAAUAUCAAUGGAAAAAUCGAAAUGUCCAACAGUAUCAAACUACGGAAAAAACAACAUUGAAGAAUGCAACCGAAAUUGAUCAAUCAUCGGAUAAAAAUACUGCAGAUAUUCAACGAAUGAAACCGAAAUUUAUAUUGAAACCAUUACCAAAACAUCGUCAUCAACAAUCAGAUUUAAAAUGGCGUCCAUAUCAUCUACGAACAUCAACAACAACGUCUACUACAACUUCGACAACAUUAAAACCAACAUCGACGACAACAACGACUGGUGCACCACCUACACCAGUUUAUAAACAUCAGGAUCUAGAAAUUCAACAAUCUAUUGAUUCAAGAAACGCAUCACCACAUAAAACUACUGAAUCAUCCCAGAAUUUACAGAUACCUGAACCACCACGACCAUCAUCAUUAGAUUAUUCACCAUUCAUGACCGAUAUGAUGAUGAUGCGUAAUGUGCCAACAACGCCGAAAACAACAAUUACCAAAAUGGUAACAUCUAAUUAUCGACCAUUUGGCCAGAAUUAUAAUUACAAUGAUGAUGAUGAUGAUUUUAAUGAUAAUGAUAAUGAACAAAAUAUGAAAUGGAGUGAAAUUUUUGAUCAAAAAUUCAAUAUGAUUAAUGAAAUUUAUCGAAAAAAUUCUCAACAACAACAACAAAAUACAAUGAUACCGAACACCAUUGAUCAUUCAUCACCAACAUCAAUACGUACAACGGCUGAUCUGUUCAAAUUGGCAAUGAUGAACAUAUCGCCAUCAAAAUCACCGGAAUCGUCAAUCUAUAGACCACAGGAAUUCACAUCAUCAUCACCAUCAACUUCGAUUAUAAUGCCAACAACAACAACAGCACCCGAAGUGUUCGUUACAAUUGAAAAUAAAUUCUAUGUCGUACGUAAUAAUACUCCUGUAGUACAUCAUCAAAUUCAGGAUCUUGAUCCAUCACCACCGCCAACAAUACCUAUUGUACAAACACCCGAUCAAUCGCCACCACAAUUAUCAUUUCAAAAUCAUAAUAUCCAAUAUCAUCAUCAGCCACAAUAUGGCGAAAAAUUAACGAUAAGCAAUAGCUUGUCACAACAACAACAAAAACAACAAUAUCCAGAAUAUCCGGAAACAUUGAUGCAUUUUGUACAGAAAUAUAAUGCGAUACCUGUAAUUAAUCAACAACAACAACAACAAAAACCAAUAAUUCAAUCGGAGGACUUUCAAUCAAAUCAGAAUUUACUGCCAUCAUAUACACCGACUAUAAUACCAUUGAAUCAACAACAACAAACAUCAAAAUUUGAAUAUCCACAACCAAAUAGUAAUGAAUUAUAUCAGAUGGAUAAAUAUAAUCCAAGUCAAUUAAUGAUGAUGAUGAAUUCCGAUAACACCGAUACAGAAAUACCGGAUAAUAUUAAUAAUGAUAAUGAUGAUGAUGAUAAUAAUCCAUAUACAUUAGUGAGACAUUAUAUUCAAACAUAUCAACCGGAUAAAAAUGAAAUUGAUGGUUUUGAACAAGCAAUGAAUGUUAUUCGUAAUGAUCUUAACAAUAGGCAUCGUCAACGUCAGCGUACUAAACCAAUAACGUUUUGGCCAUUAUCAUUAACAUCACAAAAAUCAACAAUGAUUACAACAAAUAAUCAUAAUACUGAUGCAAAUGAUAAAAUAUUACCACGACCGCCGGCAAAAUUAUAUACAAUUCCUAAGAAUACCUAUCUAGAACAUCCACAAUUUGAAACAAUUCAAACACCACAACAAUUAACGAUUGAUCCAUUAUUAAAGACAAUGGUAGAAAUGAUACAAGAACAAGCUGUUAAUCGUUAUAGUGAACCAUUGAAUAAUAAUGGUAAACAAUCAAUGAUGAUGUAUGGGGGUAAUAGUGAUAGUAGUAGUAGUUUAUCAGCAUCCGAAUCACAACAAACAAAUCGAAGACAACGAACUAAACAAUUUGUUCAGCCAUCAUCGAUGAUGAUCAAUGAUAAUGAAUCAGCUACAACAUCGUCAUCGAAAUAUUAUUUCGGUAUUCCAAGACAGAUAAUGAUGAUGAAAUCACAACAACAACAACAACGAAAGAAACCAUCAAUAUUGAAUAAUAAUGAUAAUGAUCAUAAUAUUGAUUUUGGUAUUGAUGAUCAUUUUGAAAUCGAUAUGAAUGAUAUUCUUCGUAGACCAUUGAAAACAACAACAGCAAUAAGACAAUAUAAUUUACGGCCACAACAGACAACGGAUAAAAAACAGAAUUCCAAUCUAAUGAAUAGUGAUACUAAUCAUGUAACAAAUCAAGGAGCAUUAUCAAUAUUGAAUGAAUCACCCGAAUCAAUGAUAAAUGAUCCAUUUGAAGAAUUCUAUGAUCGUGAUCGAAUAUUAUCAUUGAAUAAUAAUGCAUUAAUUGAUUAUCCAUCUAUUCGAUGGAAAUUACCACCAUCACCUACUGAAGUUGCAAAGUUUGCUGCUUUGCAAUAUGAAAAAAGUAAUAGGAAACAAAUACUGCCAUCAUUAUCAUCAUCAUCAUCAUCAUUAUCAAAUGAAAGAAAUAAAACAUUACAGAAUGAUGAUAAUGAGGAAAAAAUGAAACCGUCUUCAUCAUCACAUACGAAUAGUAUACAAAAAUCGAUAUUGUCGGUGAUUGAUAAAACCACUGGACAUCCAUAUAGACUAAGUAAAUUAGGUGAAUUAUUAUCAUUGACUGGCCUUUUCAAUGCAAUACAGACACAAACAAAAAACGUAGCUACCGAUCAUCAACAAAGACAACAAACAACAACAUCGGACAAUAGUAAUGGUAAUGGUAGUAAGCAGAAAAAAAUCAAUAAUCAAUCCUUAUCAACAUUGAAUUCGGAUUCAAUACAGAAAUCAAUACUCGAUUAUGUUGCACAAUCAUUUAAUCAACAACAACUUAAUCAAUAUCCAUUGAUUGAUAAUCGUCAAUAUUCAAUAGCUGGACAAUCAUAUUAUCGACAACAUCAGCCGAAUAAAAUCAAGAUAAAUAAGAUGGAUAAAAACCAAUCGAAUGAAUUGAAACGACAAUUAUUGAUACAUAAAAUGGGUGCCAAAAUUUCAAAUAACAACAACAAUAGAGAUUUAUUAAGAAAUCAUGAAAAACUUAUUCCGAAUUCGUCAAAUCAGAUGCUAAUGAUGACUAAAACAAAAUUGCCCGAAACAAAAGUGAUUCGAAAAUCUGAAAAUAAUAGUGAAAAACAAAAAUUGGCAUUCCCAUUACUUACGAUCGAUUCGAAUACGAAAAAAAUUAAACGUAAUCGAUUAAUGACUAAUGUUAAAUCUUUGAUCAAAGUAAUCAAUAGAUUCAAAUCAAAAUAAUAAUCAACAACCAUA